CGCAUCGUUCCGCGCCGGCGACUCAUCACCACAGUCGACAUGUUACGGCCCCGGACAGUACGACGGAUUACGCGCGGGUUAUCUCCGGCCUCGUCACAGCUCGCGCGUUCAGCAACCUGCGCCCGUAGACGAGGGCUGGCAACAGCAGUCGCAGAGGAGAAGGACCCCGUCGAGCUGGACCAGAUCACCACCCUCCCCAAUGGCAUCCGCGUUGCGACCGAGGCCCUGCCAGGCCACUUCUCCGGUAUCGGCGUCUAUGUCGACGCUGGAUCAAGAUACGAGAACGAUGCGCUGCGAGGCGUAAGCCACAUCAUCGACCGGCUUGCGUUCAAGUCGACGCGCAACACCAGCGGAGACCAAAUGGCAGAGAAGAUGGAGUCGUUGGGCGGAAACAUACAGUGCGCCUCGUCGCGAGAGUCGCUCAUGUACCAGUCGGCGACGUUCAACUCAGCAGUCGAGAGUACAGUUGGCGUGCUGGCCGAGACAAUACGCGACCCGCUCAUCACUGAGGACGAGGUGCAGCAGCAGCUCGAGACGGCCGACUACGAGAUUGGCGAAAUCUGGAGCAAGCCGGAGCUCAUCCUGCCGGAGCUGGUGCACAUGGCCGCCUACAAGGACAACACCCUGGGCAACCCCCUGCUCUGCCCCAAGGAGCGUCUACCCCACAUCAACCGCGACGUAGUCGAAGCAUACCGCAAAGAGUUCUACAAGCCGGACAGGAUAGUGGUGGCAUUCGCCGGCGUAGACCACAACCAGGCUGUCAAGCUGACAGAGCAAUACUUCGGUGACAUGGCCACGGGCCAGGGACCGUCCCUCAUCGGCGUCGGCGACCACAGCUCGAUACCCAGCCAAAACCCCGAACAACAGAUCUUCACAGCCGACCACCCCACACCCAUCGGCGCACCACCACAACAAUCAAAGCUCCUCUCCAAGAUCCCCUUCCUCAAGAACUUCUCCACAUCCGCCACAGACUCCGCCUCCCUCACCACAUCCUUCGACCUCAACUUCCCUCCCAUCGACACAACAACACCAUCCCACUACACCGGCGGCUUCCUCACUCUCCCGCCGAUCCCACCACCGCUAAACCCCAUGCUCCGCCGCCUGUCACACAUCCACCUCGCCUUCGAAGCCCUCCCCAUCUCGUCGCCAGACAUCUACGCCCUCGCAACCAUGCAGACUCUCCUCGGCGGCGGCGGCUCAUUCAGCGCCGGCGGGCCGGGCAAGGGCAUGUACUCGCGCCUCUACACGAAUGUUCUGAACCAGCACUUCUGGGUCGAGUCGUGCGUGGCGUUCAACCACAGCUACACCGACAGCGGGCUCUUCGGCAUCUCUGCAUCCUGUGCGCCGAGCCAUGUAGCGCAGAUGCUCGAAGUCAUGUGCCGCGAGCUGAAGAGCCUUGGUGAUGAGACGGGCUAUGCGGCGCUGAAGGAGGGCGAGGUGCAGCGCGCGAAGAACCAGCUAAGGUCGAGUCUGCUUAUGAAUCUCGAGAGCCGUAUGGUGGAGCUGGAGGAUCUGGGCAGACAGGUGCAGGUCCACGGCCGCAAGGUUGGGGUUAAGGAGAUGUGUGCGAAGAUCGAGGCUGUCACUGUUGAGGACAUGCGUCGUGUUGCGCGACAAGUGUUCGGUGGUGAGGUCAAGAAUGUGGGUGGUGGAUCUGGAGCGCCUACUGUUGUGCUGCAGGAGGGUGAGCAGGAAGGGCUGAAGAGGAGGGAUUUCACGUGGGAUGAUAUCCAGACGAGGAUUGCGCGCUGGAAGUUGGGCAGGAGAUAGUGGGAGUUGCGAGAGGGGAAAGAUGUAUGAUCAUGUUGUGACGAUGAUUGCUUGUAUUAUAUUGCACGAAAAGGUGCAUAUCUGGACGCAACGUUCGGCGAAUCAUCUCAAUGAAACCCUGUCAGCCCUGCUCGGGAACUCCGCUGCCGUCGGGAGCUUCGUGUAAAGCAAAAACCACAUUGUUGGAUGUAUUCCCCAGCACGGACGACCAGAUCUUUUCGAAUCGCGCAGGCGAUCUGUAUCUCCUUGAAGGGACAGCGAGGAAGCGCCUUGAUGGGUGACGCCCUUCCCCCACCCAAACCUCCAGUGUUAAGUUGCUCUUUCAUUGUUCUCUUCACUCUUUUUAUCUCCUUGAGUGAACUUACGGAGUCUAACACAGUACCUAAAGUUGUCCAGUCAGAGCCAGG